CGAAGCCCGCGUGCACGACACAACAACUACCGAGGGGGAAGGAAGUUGACAGCGGGUUAAUAUUUAGUGGUGUUGCCUGGUGGUGAGACUGGAGGGACCUUUGUGAACCAGUCGUCUCAUUGUCCUCAGCUUAGAGCGAUGCCACUUUGGAGAAUGAGAACCUUCUCCUGACACAGGGAGGGUACUCCUCCCCCCAACCUUACCAACCCGGACUCUCUCUACCUACCUACCUCACCCCUGACCCCCAUUACCUCACCACUGACUAACCCAUAAACCCUCCCCUCUAAUACUACCUCAACACUCUCCUCUAUGUAAACCUGCUGCUCUUAAACUGCUCUGUCCCCACCCUCCAGAGUAUUACAUUACAUUCAAUACAACAGGGGGAAUUUAAAAAAGCAUUGUCAGUGCCUACUCCCUGGUGUCCAUUUUGUGCCCAGAGUGUAUCCUCAGUAGGGUGCUCUAAGCCUGUGUACUGGCACGUGACGAUGCUGCUGAACUUCGAGUGACGUCCCCACUCUGUGAUGUCAGAGGCUAGAGGAGAGGGGCGGGACCAGAGUGGGAAUCUCUCGUUUGUGGUUGGCUGUGUCGAUGAAGACCACCGAGGCUCAGAAGAAGGAGGAAGAAUAAAGAAUGAGGGAGAGAUGGGAAAAGGAGAGGAGGAGGACGAUGACAAGGAUGAUGACUCGCCUCCAGAGAGGCAGAUCGUGGUGGGCAUCUGCUCCAUGAUGAAGAAGUCCAAGUCAAAGCCCAUGACCGAGAUCAUGGAAAGACUGUGUAAGUUUGAGUACAUCACGGUGGUCAUCUUCCCCGAGGAGGUCAUCCUCAGCCAGCCCGUGGACAAAUGGCCCCUGUGUGACUGCCUCGUCUCCUUCCACUCCAAAGGUACAAACCAGCGUUUCCCAUUGGACAAAGCGGUAGAGUACGCCAAACUCAGAAACCCGCUUCUCAUCAAUGACCUGAACAUGCAGUACUACAUACAAGACAGGAGGGAGGUGUAUCGUAUCUUGCAGGAGGAAGGCAUUGAUCUUCCUCGUUACGCUGUGUUAACCCGAGACCCAGACAGACCUGAAGUGUGUAACCUGGUGGAGGGGGAGGAUCAUGUGGAGGUGAACGGGGAGGUGUUCCCCAAGCCCUUUGUGGAGAAGCCUGUGAGUGCUGAGGACCAUAACGUUUACGUCUACUACCCCACCUCAGCUGGAGGAGGCAGCCAGAGACUCUUCCGCAAGAUAGGGAGCCGCAGCAGUGUGUACUCCCCAGAGAGCUGUGUGAGGAAGACUGGCUCCUACAUAUACGAGGAGUUCAUGCCAACGGACGGCACUGAUGUCAAGGUGUACACAGUGGGCCCUGACUAUGCCCAUGCUGAGGCCAGGAAGUCCCCAGCCCUGGACGGUAAGGUGGAGAGGGACAGCGAGGGGAAAGAGAUCCGCUACCCUGUCAUGCUCUCCGCCAUGGAGAAACUGGUGGCCCGCAAGGUCUGCCUGGCCUUCAAGCAAACUGUGUGUGGCUUCGACCUCUUGAGAGCAAACGGCCACUCCUUCGUCUGUGACGUCAACGGCUUCAGCUUCGUGAAGAACUCCAUGAAGUACUAUGACGACUGUGCCAAGGUCUUGGGGAACAUGGUGAUGCGAGAGCUGGCCCCUCAGUUCCACAUCCCCUGGUCCAUCCCCCUGGAGGCUGAGGACAUACCCAUAGUCCCCACCACCUCAGGAACCAUGAUGGAGCUGCGCUGUGUCAUCGCCAUCAUCCGCCACGGAGACCGCACCCCCAAACAGAAGAUGAAGAUGGAAGUCCGACACCCUCUAUUCUUUGCGCUGUUUGAAAAGUAUGGAGGCUACAAGUCAGGGAAACUGAAGUUGAAGAAACCCAAACAGCUACAGGAAGUGCUGGACAUUGCCCGGCUCCUACUGGCUGAGUUGGGACAGCACACAGACUGUGAGAUCGAGGAGAAGAAGGGUAAACUGGAGCAGCUCAAGACGGUCCUAGAGAUGUACGGCCAUUUCUCAGGCAUCAACAGGAAGGUGCAGCUCACCUACCUGCCCAACGGACAGCCCAAAGCCUCCAGUGAGGAAGAAGAAUGUCCAACGGAGGGUCCGUCUCUGUUGCUGGUGUUGAAGUGGGGCGGGGAGCUGACCCCGGCAGGCAGGGUACAGGCUGAGGAGCUGGGCAGGGCCUUCCGUUGCAUGUACCCUGGAGGACAAGGGGACUACGCUGGUUUCCCUGGCUGUGGUCUGCUCCGUUUACACAGCACCUACCGCCACGACCUCAAGAUCUACGCCUCAGACGAAGGCCGUGUUCAGAUGACCGCUGCUGCUUUUGCCAAGGGUCUGCUAGCUCUGGAGGGGGAGCUGACUCCCAUCCUGGUACAGAUGGUGAAGAGUGCCAACAUGAACGGCAUGCUGGACAGCGACAGUGAGUCUCUGACCGACUGCCAGCAGAGGGUGAAGGUACGGCUCCAUGAGAUCAUGCAGAAAGACCAGGACUUCACUGAGGCCGACUACCAGAAGCUGGCCCCUACAGGCAGCCCCUCCCUGGUCACCUCUAUGAAGACCAUAGGGAACCCAGUGAGGACGUGUGACCAGGUCUACGCCCUCAUCCAGAGACUCACCUCCCAGAUCCGCAGGAGGCUGGAGGACCCCAAAUCUGCAGACCUGCAGCUGUACCACAGUGAGACCCUGGAGCUGAUGCUGCAACGCUGGUCCAAGCUGGAAAGGGACUUCCGGAAUAAGAGUGGUCGCUACGACAUCAGUAAGAUCCCAGACAUCUACGACUGUGUGAAGUACGACACGCAGCACAACGCCACGCUGGACCUAGAGGACACACUGGAGCUGUUCAGGCUGUCCCGAGCCCUGGCCGACAUCGUCAUACCUCAGGAGUAUGGCAUCAAUAAGGCAGAGAAGAUGGACAUUGCCCAGGCCUACUGCCUUCCCCUGAUGAAGAAGAUUCAGCUGGACCUGCAGAGGACCCACGAGGACGAGGCCGUCAAUAAGCUGCACCCGCUGUACUCGCGGGGGGUCAUGUCUCCGGGGCGCCACGUCAGGACCCGUCUCUAUUUCACCAGCGAAAGCCACGUCCACUCACUGCUCAGCAUCUUCCGCUACGGGGGAUUACUGGACGAAGUGAAGGACCAGCAGUGGAAACAGGCCAUGGAUUACCUCAGCGCCGUCUCUGAACUCAACUACAUGACCCAGAUAGUCAUCAUGCUGUAUGAGGAUAACAACAAGGACCCUGGGUCAGAGGAGCGUUUCCACGUGGAGCUCCACUUCAGUCCCGGGGUGAAGGGCUGUGAGGACGAGGAGAACGUCCCUCUGGGCUUUGGCUUCCGCCCAGCCUCCGCUGAGAACCAGGAGAAGCAGACCAACCAAGGCAGUCUGGAGGACCUAUCACAGGACGAGACUGACCGGGCCCUGUCGCUCUCUGAGCCAAUCAGCAUCAAAAGAUCCCCCAUGAUCCGCAACCGCAAGACUGGCUCCAUGGAGGUCCUCUCCGAGACCUUGCCCACCUCCUCCAAGGGCACCUCCUAUCGCCUCUUCCCCUCAUGCUCGUGCCAGUCCCCCGAGAUUAAACAGACUGGCCUAGAGCUCUUCUCUAUGCCGGCAGUAAAGAGAUUUUCUGUGUCGUUUGCCAGGCAUCCGACUAAUGGCUUUGAAGGCUGCUCCAUGGUGCCCUCUAUCUACCCGCUGGAGACAUUACACAACUCGCUGUCCCUCAAGCAGGUGGACAAGUUCCUCAAUGCCGUGUGUGAGCAUAGCAGCGAUGCCCACGCCAAGACCAUGAAAGCUCUCUCUGCCUUGUUCGACACGUCGAGUCAGGGGUACAGCCAGACACACAUCUACCCCCACCCACCGAAAGCCCUGUCCUCCUCAGAAACUCCUGUCCGGUCCCCCGAAUGCCCACUUUGGUACAGCAGUGGCCCCUCUAGCACAGUGUUCAGUGGAAGAUCCUCUUCCCCCACCUCAGUGAACCCAGACAAAAAUGUCAGCUUCAGUGAGUAGACCACAGCCCCCUCACCAGAUCCCACAGAGAAACUAGAGGACAACACAACACCUGGAUCCACUCCCUAUUAACCCAUCUGUCCACCCAUCUGUCCACCCAUCUGUCCACCCAUUUGUCCACCCACCCAGCCAUUCAUCCAUCCACACUGUGACUUCUACCCGUCUGUGAGUGCUUUCAAACUAAUCACAGUCACAUACAGUGCUGGACCCUAAGGACCGCCAGUCUCAUUUUGUGGACAAAAACAAACCAAAACCCACUGGCCCCUCCCCUCAGGCGGAUGUGUGUCCAACCAACACUCUGCCCCAGUUGAGCGACAGCGAGGGGAGCCUAUCCCCAGGCUCCUUUGCAAUGUAUAGACGGACCUGAGGCUGGAUGCAUCCCUGCCGUCUGUCCUGAAUUCAGAUUGUGCUGUCCUGCCGCCUGUCCUGAAUUCAGAUAGUGCUGUCCUGAAUUCAGCUUGUGCUGUCCUGCCGUCUGUCCUGAAUUCAGAUAGUGCUGUCCUGAAUUCAGAUUGUGCUGUCCUGCCGUCUGUCCUGAAUUCAGAUUGUGCUGUCCUGAAUUCAGAUUGUGCUGUCCUGAAUUCAGAUUGUGCUGUCCUGCCGUCUGUCCUGAAUUCAGAUUGUGGCUGCUGAUUAGAGACGAUGGGAGAAACAGGAGCUGAUUAUUUCCAUGCUUCAUCCAAAUCCUAUUCUAUAUGGAACUGCACACACAAAAUGUGUCGGUGCACGAGUACCUCCUCUCUCAGAGGAGGGAGGCAGGUUGUGCAUUUUCAAUCAGAGCUGACCAUAUUCUUUGGAACACAGAGAUAGUUGAGCCAGUUGAUUAAAUAUGAACUAUUUUCUCCAGUGUUGUUGGUGUUGUCCCCUUUUCCUUGUAAACUGUUUGGGUUGCCGUACUUUACAUGAUUUUGGGGGGAAAGGGUACAAUACAAUGGGGAUACUAUUUCCUGUCAUUGUCUACACAGCAUUUUCAUACCACUUUGUCGCAAAAUAACAACUCCUUCUAUACACAUACUGGUUCUGUUUUAAGUGUAAAAGAUAUUUCAUACACCUCCUUCAACCUACCAAACAUAUAAACAAUACACGUGCCUCAACUCCCUUACAACGAGAAUCAGUGUUACUGAAUGUAUUUUUACAAUGUUUCAAGGGUAAACCACUCCAGAGGAAGUAGCUGACUGUCUUUUAGGCUACUUCAGUCUGUACUGCAUCCUGUCCUCAUACUAGUUUAAACAUGUCUGCUGUUUUGCCAUAGUUAAGUGUUUUAAUAUGAAUUUAAACGAUUCUAUAUCAUAUGUUGUAAUGUAUAUUAUUUUGCCAUCUGUGUUGCACCUGAGAAGAUGAUAAUAAACGUAUAUUGAAUAUGUAAUUAGGGCUAAAAAAUAAAAUAAAAAUGAGAUGGGAGGGAUCCGUUAAAUCGUUUAUACAAAACAUAUCGUUAUGAAUACAACUUCAUACAAAACAUAUCGUUAUGAAGACAACUUCAUACAAAACACAUCGUUAUGAAUACAACUUCAUACAAAACACAUCGUUAUGAAGACAACUUCAUACAAAACAUAUCGUUAUGAAGACAACUUCAUACAAAACACAUCGUUAUGAAGACAACUUCAUACAAAACACAUCGUUAUGAAUACAACUUCAUACAAAACACAUCGUUAUGAAUACAACUUCAUACAAAACGUAUCGUUAUGAAUACAACUUCAUACAAAACGUAUCGUUAUGAAGACAACUUCAUACAAAACACAUCGAUAUGAAUACAACUUCAUACAAAACAUAUCGUUAUGAAUACAACUUCAUACAAAACACAUCGUUAUGAAUACAACUUCAUACAAAACAUAUCGUUAUGAAGACAACUUCAUACAAAACACAUCGUUAUGAAUACAACUUCAUACAAAACACAUCGUUAUGAAGACAACUUCAUACAAAACAUAUCGUUAUGAAUACAACUUCAUACAAAACGUAUCGUUAUGAAUACAACUUCAUACAAAACGUAUCGUUAUGAAGACAACUUCAUACAAAACACAUCGAUAUGAAUACAACUUCAUACAAAACACAUCGUUAUGAAUACAACUUCAUACAAAACACAUCGUUAUGAAUACAACUUCAUACAAAACGUAUCGUUUGAAGACAACUUCAUACAAAACACAUCGUUAUGAAUACAACUUCAUACAAAACAUAUCGUUAUGAAGACAACUUCAUACAAAACAUAUCGUUAUGAAGACAACUUCAUACAAAACACAUCGUUAUGAAUACAACUUCAUACAAAACGUAUCGUUAUGAAGACAACUUCAUACAAAACACAUCGUUAUGAAUACAACUUCAUACAAAACACAUCGUUAUGAAGACAACUUCAUACAAAACACAUCGUUAUGAAGACAACUUCAUACAAAACACAUAGUUAUGAAGACAACUUCAUACAAAACGUAUCGUUAUGAAGACAACUUCAUACAAAACGUAUCGUUAUGAAGACAACUUCAUACAAAACAUAUCGUUAUGAAUACAACUUCAUACAAAACAUAUCGUUAUGAAUACAACUUCAUACAAAACACAUCGUUAUGAAGACAACUUCAUACAAAACGUAUCGUUAUGAAGACAACUUCAUACAAAACGUAUCGUUAUGAAGACAACUUCAUACAAAACAUAUCGUUAUGAAGACAACUUCAUACAAAACACAUUGUUAUGAAUACAACUUCAUACAAAACAUAUCGUUAUGAAUACAACUUCAUACAAAACGUAUCGUUAUGAAGACAACUUCAUACAAAACACAUCGUUAUGAAUACAACUUCAUACAAAACAUAUCUUUAUGAAUACAACUUCAUACAAAAUGUGUUUUUUUUUUUGUGUGUGUACAGUGCCAUGACAUUCUUGCCAUAAUUCUCAGAAUUGUAAACCUGAAACGUUUCAAUAGAUUAUGAAGAGAACAUGCUUGUCAUUGUGUUUUGUAGUUUGUAUGUCGUCUUGUAUGCUAUCUCAAGGAUGCUCUCAACUGCACUCAUGCAGACCUACCGCAGCACUGCUGAAUCUGUACAACACACUGCUGAAUCUGUACAACACACUGCUGAAUCUGUACAACACACUGCUGAAUCUGUACAACACACUGCUGAAUCUGUACAACAAACCUUUCUUUGACUUUACUUCACAUUGUUUUUUAUCGUGAUAGUAAUGAUUUAUUUAACGAUUUGGUGUUUUUGUAGGUGAAAUUUAGGGCUGUAUUUGUGAUUUUACUUCAUGUGGCAUGUAAUGUCAGCCAAAGACAUGUUGAUGCUGUGUAGAAUCCUCUCCUUAGACUUUCAAAAUAGAAUACCAAGGUUGUUUUAUUAAAAGUCAUAUCGGCUCUCUGAAGGUUGUGUUUCUCCAUUAAGCUCAGGCAUUACAAAUCCAUUUUAACUAGUCUGAUGGGUGCACAAGUUUGUGUGUGUGUGGGCAUGCGGGUGUGUGUGGGUAUAGCAAGGUUUACUAUCAUAUUAUAAAGGCCUCAAACUCAACUCUGGACCUCGAAGCCAGUUCCAUUGCAUUAUUUCAUUGUUCCCCCUCUAAUCAGGGACUGGUUUAGACCUGGGACACCAGGUGGGUGAAAUUAAUUAUCAGGUAGAACAGAAACCCAGCAGGCUCCGGACCUCGUAGGGUCAGAGUUGAAUACCCCUGUUCUAGAGGAUGAUAUGCUCACAGUGUCUUCACACAUCAGAUCACAAAAUACAGCUGGCUUCCAUUAGUACUCUCCGAAAGACGGAGAGAUAUUUAACGGCCCUGUUUUUAUACUAUAUUGUUCAACAGCUGAUGAAACUAACACUGAAGAAGUGUGAAACAAUGUGAUCAGUGUUAUUUCCUGAUAAUUACUGGUUGAAAAUACAAAAACGACACAGGACCUUCUGGUCAGCAGGUUUUCAUGGGCGGAGUCUCGGUUUUCCAUGGUGACAUCACCAUGCGGUAAAUUGGUUAAAGGCCCAGUGCAGUCAAAAAGACGUGAUAUACCUGUGUUUAUUUAUAUAUACUGUAUGUAUGUGUGUAUAUAUUUAUAUUGAACAAAAAUAUAAAUGCGACAAUUUCAAAUAUUUUACUGAGUUACAGUUCAUAUAUUGAAAUCAUUCAUUAGGUCAUAAUCUAUGGAUUUCACAUGACUGGUAAUACAUUCAUUAGGCCCUAAUCUAUGGAUUUCACAUGACUGGGAAUACAUUCAUUAGGCCCUAAUCUAUGGAUUUCACAUGACUGGGAAUACAUUCAUUAGGCCAUAAUCUAUGGAUUUCACAUGACUGGGAAUACAUUCAUUAGGCCAUAAUCUAUGGAUUUCACAUGAUUGGUAAUACAGAUGUGCAUCUGUUGGUCACAGAUACCUUUAAAAAAAAAGGGAGGGAGGGGUGUGGAUCAGAAAACCAGUCAAUAUCUGGUGUGACCACUGUUUGCCUCAUGCAGCACAACACAACUAUUUUGCAUAGAGUUGAUUAGGUUGUUGAUUGUGGCCUGUGGAAUGUUGUCCCACUCCUCUUCAAUGGCUGUGAACAGUUGCUGGAUAUUGGCGGGAAAUGGAACGCGCUGUCGUACAAGACGAUCCAGAGACAUCUGUGGCAUUGUGUUGUGUGACAAAACUGGCCUUUUAUUGUCCCCAGCACAAGGUGCACCUGUGUAAUGAUCAUGCUGUUUAAUCAGCGUCUUGAUAUGUCACACCUGUCAAUUGGAUGGAUUAUUUUUGGCAAAGUAGAAAUGCUCACUAACAGGGAUGUAAACAAAUUUGUGCACAACAUUUUAGAAAAAUAAGCUUUUUGUGCAUAUGCAAGAUUUCUGGGAUCUGUUAUUGAAGCUCAUUAAACAUGGGUCCAACACUUUA